GGUGACCCCUGGUUUAUAGAGUGCAUUUGUGAAUAAACUAUACAUUUAUUUUUAUUUGCUUUCAGUGGUACCAGUUAUUUCCCAAAUUAAGGGCUAAAAUACGUAUCUCAUGUUAAAAUAAGAAAGGUCAUUAUAUAACCAGUCAAUAAAUUCAAUUCCAUUGCAAUUUAUUAUGGUUUUACCAUAGUCAUGGCCUCGGAACACCAGAUAGAGUAAUAAAGAGUAAUAUAAGAUAUUAAACCAAGAGUGAUUUAAAAUGGGUAAGUUUCAGAUAGAAAAUAAAAUAGACAGUGAGUGGAUAAAACAGUUAAUACACCAAUUAGUUUACACUAGGCUAUUUAUGAGGUCUUAGCCAGGACAUACUUAAUGUAAACAUGUGUAGCUUACCUUUGAUUAUUUGGGAGGCUUUCGUUUUCCCCAUGGAAAAUUUCUUUGCGAUGGAAGAGUCUGGGAACAUUCCAGCCACGCACUUGUUGAAAUCAUCAAAGAAAGAGAGGCUAAUGUUUUUCUUAGCUAUUAGCAUCGCCAUCUUCACCUCAGACCUAAUCAGUGUUGCCAGAUACUGCUGACGUUUUCCAGCCCAAAAUAUGUUCAAAACCCGCCAAAAUGCACUUGAAACCGCCCAAUCUGGCAACACUGGACCUAAUCACUUGUUCAGCCUUGCCUCCGGACGGAGUUUUGUAAUUACUGAUGCCUGAGAGGGCAGGGACGUGAAUUCAUGGCCCGACUUCCUGCUGUAAACCCCUGUCAGAGGCGCAUCAUGAAUUCUGGACCUACUGACUUUUUUAUAUUGUGAAAAUACGGGACAUUUUCGGGAAAAUAAAAAAAACGGGAAGACAGCGGGAAAUAAGUCAAAAUAAGGGAUUUCCCGGGAAAAACGGGAAGGUUGACGGGUAUGAUGAGCACUCAUUCAGACGUUUUAUUCUGUAGAACAAACUGAGAUCACAAACAUGAUGCAAUAAUAGUCAUUCCAAAGUGCAACUUCUUGGCCUUCAGAAACACUAAAAGAAACGAAGAAAAGACAUUGUGAUAGUCAGCAAAUGUUACUUUUGUAGACCAAGCACAGGGAAAAAAAUAUGGAAUCACUCAAUUUUCAGGUAGAAAAUAAGGACUCACCCAGUCAAUUUCCUUUCCCUAAAUUGACACCUGCCUCAGAUUAGAUCUGCUUGUUAGUCUGCAGUUAGAAACAGCGCAGUUAUCACACCUUGGCGGGCUGCUGGACCAAGUGGAUUGGCAAGAAUCAUGGCUCCAACAAGAGAGAUGUCUCUUGAAACAAAAGAGAGGAUUGUCAAACUUCUUAAAGAAGGUAACUCUUCACGCAUGGUUGCCAAAGAUGUGGGCUGUUCACAGUCAGCUGUAUCUAAUGCCGCUUUUCCACUACAAACGCGGCUGAGUUGGGCUGAGCCGUGCCGUGCUGAGUCGGGCUGAGCGGGGCUGUUGGAGUUGCAUUUCGACUACAACCGCGCUGAACCGUGCUGGCUGGAAGUGGGUGGACACAUUGGGUGGAGUUAGUGAAAGUGGGUGGAUGUCACGUGAUGUCGUUAAGCAGCGCAAACAGUGACAUCAGUGAUCUUUUAAGCGGUAGUCUCACGACCCGAAUAGUAAACAAUAAACAUGGAGGACAUGGAGUCGUUAGUGUUGCUGGUCUUGGUGCUGUGGCUUGUUGUCACCGACAACGCGGACAGAUACUGGCAAGAGCGUAUAGAUGAGGCGAGGCGCAUAAGGCUUCAGAAAUUCUCGUAAUUCGUAAUUCUUCUCCUUCCGGGUUUACGGUGUUGACAGAUCCCAGCGUGCUCGCGGGGCGUGUGUGGGCAUGUGAGGACACUCCUCCUCACCAAUCAGUGCACAGGGGAGUGUCUGCUCACGCCCCCAGCCUCACUCGGCACGGUUUGGCUCGCUUCAGCCCUACUCCAAAACCGUGCGAGUUUUAGGGGCUAAGCAGGGCUGAAGCGAGCUGAGUCGUGCUGGUUUUUGGUAGUCGAAACGUGAGCCGUGUCGGGCUGAAGUGAGCUGAAGUGAGCUGAAAAAGGGUAGUGGAAAAGGGCCAUAAGAUAUGGACCAAGUACAAAUAGGGUGACCAUUUCCAUAACACCAAAAAGGAGGACAUUAUUUGGACGGGGGGUCUGGGGGCCCUCCCCCAGAAAAUUUUGUAUUUCUUAGAUGCAAUUUCCUGCAUUCUAAUCAAUUUUAGGGUGAAUAAUGGCAAAUCCCAUCUGAUUCAUAGCCCUCAAAUUUUUAUGUAAACCACAGUGGCAAGAUUGAGAAUGGAUUAUUUUUAUGCAAGUCACUCACGUUUGGUGAACUCAACAUCGCAAUGUUGUAGGGUUAAAGAUUAUGAUUGUGGGGAAAAAAGAGUAAGGUCAAAGCAUUCAUAGUAUUUAUUAUAAUUCAUGUAUUAGCUCUUAGUUGGCUAGAACACACAGUAUUUAUAUUUAUUAAAAACAUUGUGGAGUUAACAAACCACUGAAAUUAAACUUAAGGUGCUGAGUACCAAAAAGCACAACAUUUGUAGAUUCUCAAAGAACAAAUAGGCAACAUAACCAGCAACAUUAUAAAACGUUUUAAAGCAUUCAUAGUAUUUAUUAUAAUUCAUGUAUUAGCUCUUAAUUGGCUAGAACACCAUAUUUGUAUUUAUUAAAAACAUUGUGGAGUAACAAACCACUGAAAUUAAACUUAAGGUAGAUAUAGUAGAUGUGCAUUUGCACUGUCAUCCAUAUCCUAACAAGUUAAGUUGUGAGCAGCUGGUCUACCGGACAGACUCGUGUUUCCAAGUCCCAGCCAGGGCCAGGGGGGCAGGGCACUAGGCACGCGCCAGGAAGAUCAUCAAAGGAUAGAACUCAACGCCUCGCGGUGCGGAGUUCGCAUUGCAUGCCAAAAAACAUCGAGCCAUAGACUCUUUAUUGUAGAUUACUAGUGUGCAGCACAGAUCUGCAGUUUCCCUACAAAACGUUAUUCUAGAACUCUGCUCUUCCAGUCUGGCAAGUCGAUAUUAUAUAAUUCCGCUCAUCGUCUCUAAAAGGAGGACAAAUGUGCGUCCGGCUUGAUGCUACGCCGGACAAGACAUUGAAAAGACGGACGGUCCGGCCUAAAGCCGGACGUCUGGCCACCCUAAGUACAAACAGCGUGGGAAGGUUUUUAAAACCAAGCGUACUGGUAGACCAAGGAAGACAUCAAAGCGUCAAGACAAAAAACUUAAGGCCAUAUGUCUUGAAAACCGAAAAAGUACAACAAAACAAAUGAAGCAUAAAUGGGAGGAAGCUGGAGUCGAUGUACAAGUAUGUGACCGAACCGUGAGAAAUCGCCUACAGGAAAUGGGAUUUUCAUCUAGGAAAGUUAAAAGAAAACCAUCAUUGACACCUAAACAGAAAAGAACAAGACUACAAUGGGCUAAGGAGAAGCAAUCAUGGACUGUGGAUGACUGGAUGAAAGUUAUCUUCAGUGAUGAAUCACGAAUCUGCAUUGGACAAGGUGAUGAUGCUGGAACUUUUGUUUGGUGCCGUUCCAGUGAGAUUUAUGAAGAGGACUGCCUGAAGAAAACAUCCAAAUUUCCACAGUCCUUGAUGAUAUGGGGCUGCAUGUCAGGCAAAGGCACUGGCAGGGUUGCCGCGGGGUUGUGAAAGGUAGUAAAUGAAAUUAGACCAAAUUAAGGCUUGUAAAACGUAGUAAAAAGUAAUAAACGUCAUCUGACCAGGUAGUAAAUUUUUUAACCUCCAUAAUGUGUCUAAAAUACGUUUUUCAAUUUAUGUAAUUCACGUGCAAGCCUAUCUCCUUGAAUUAAUAAACUAGCGUGAAUUUAUUUGUAUGUUGCGAGUAGGACCUGAAUGACGUCACUAUCAUAGCGUUACUUCAGAUAUGGGCAAAUGCAAGUUUUCAGACCUCUGGCUGGAGGAAGCUACGUUUAAAGACUGGCUUAGACCAGUAGUUGGCAACAGCCGAGAGGCUUAUUGCAACGUCUGUAAGAAAGCUAUAAAUAUUACGUGGAUGGGGGUGAAGGCGGUGAAAUCACACAUGGAAUCGAAUAGCCAUCAAACAAGGAUGCGGGGACGAAACGUGCAGCUACCGCUGUCUCUGUUUUGCGCUGGCACUACGGCUACAUCUACAUCCUCGACCUCCACCGCUCCCUCAACCUCCACCGCUACCUCAACCUCGCCUGCUCCCACCACCAGUAACGUUAAUCCCACCAACAGCAUUCAGCCGCUCUGCACUACCACCGCUACACUGCAGGCCGAGGUGCUAUGGUGUUUUAGAUUUAGCAGUGAAACACCACUCGUUCAAGUCGAAUGAUGGCAUAGGAGAGCUGUUUGGCAAGAUGUUCCCGGAUUCCCAAAUCGCCAAAUCAUUCGCUUUGGCCAAGGACAAGACCGGCUACAUGAUCAAAUUUGGCAUUGCCCCGUAUUUUAAGAGGCAACUGGUUGAGGCCAUAAAUCAUGCCGGCCCUUACGUCCUUAUGUUUGAUGAGAGUCUAAAUCACUGGGGGGCAAUUUGGGGCCCGCGGGCCAAAUUUGGCCCACAAAGCUUUUUUUUUUGGCCCGCGCCCUUUGUGCCACUGCCAAAGUGGCGCUGUUGAAUUUCUGUUAGAAGAGGUUUGGCAUUGAGGGGUGACGAUGAAGAGCAGAUAUGGAGCGAAUGGUGAGGGCUAGACAGUGGCAUACUGACAAAAGAAAGUUUAAAAGUUCGUGGGAAACUCAGUAUUUUUUUUUUUUGGAAAUCAAUUCUGAGGCUGUGUGCCUAAUUUGUAGGCAGAAGGUAUCAGUACUGAAAGAAUACAACAUUCGCCGACAUUAUGAAACAAAACACCAAGAGUUCGCUAAAUUCCAAGGCGUUGAGAGGACGGGAAAAGCUAACCAGUUACUAGCGCAGCUUAAAACACAACAACGCACUCUGCUACAGCCGUCAUCGGCUCAGGAAAAUGCUAGAAGAGCGAGCUACCUCAUCACUGAAGAACUGGUAAAAGAGGGACGCUCGUUUUCUUGUGGCGAAUUCGUGAAAAGGUGCCUUACUGUGGCUGCACAGUGUGUUUGCCUCAGUCAGACACGGGCAUUCUCACAGAUAAGCUUGUCAAGAAACACCAUUGUACAUGUACAUUUACAUGUACAUUUGCUUUUUCACAUCUUGUAUACAAUAUGAGACAUUUUAAUUAGAUUUAAGGUGGCAGUACAUGUUACACGUUUGUGUUUGGCCCGCGGCCCACCAACAAUAUUCACUUUCGGCCCACCAUGGGGAAGAAAUUGGGCACCCCUGGUCUAAAUGAAUCGUCAAAGAAAAAACAAAUGGACAUACACAUUCGUUUUUUGGAGGAUGGGUGUGUUCGGUCGAGAUAUUUUGGUUCACAAUUCCUGGGACAUGGAAGAGCUGAUGAUCUGUUGCAGCACAUCAAAGAAUGCAUUGCUCAACUCAAUAUGAGGCAGCUCCUCUCAGUUGGAAUGGAUGGGCCCAAUGUAAAUUUUAAACUCCUUGAUCUCCUUCAAAAGGAGUAUGCUGAGCUGAAUGGAGGUGCUCAAGUCCUGGUGGUUGGGAGCUGUGGACUUCACACUCUCCACAAUGCCAUGAAGGCAGGCUUUACAGCCUGGCAAAUAGACAAGCUCCUGCGUGCGCUCCAUUACCUCUUCCACAACGAUCCUGCCCGGAGAGAGGACUACACCAACAUCACUGGGUCGACCUGCUUUCCCCUCUCUUUCUGUGGCCACAGAUGGGUGGAAAAUGUGCCAGUUGCGGAGAGAGUCCUGGAAGUUUGGCCCAUGAUUCAGAGAUAUGUCAGUGCUGCGGAAGAUAAGAAAGUCCAAAAACCGAACACAGCCUCUUAUGACGCCAUCCUGGCAGCAAGAGGGGAUCCACUCUUAAUCCCAAAGCUUCAAUUCUUCCUCUCCAUUGCGAGAAGUUUUAACCCUUUUCUUCAGAAGUACCAAACAGAUGAGCCAGUGUUGCCUUUUUUGGCAAAAGAUUUAACUGAGCUUCUGUUGAGUUUACUGCGGCGCUUCAUCAAAAGGGAGCUCCUACAGGACCAAACCCCCUUGCAACUCAUUAAGUUGGACAUCUCUGAUGAGAAGAACUGGGUCUCCCUCAAAAGGGUAGACAUAGGCUUGGGAGCUGAAUCAGCCAUCAAGGCACUCAUGGGCAAACCAGGAACCAAGAUAGGGGAACACUCUGUGCUCAGCCUGAGAAAAGAGUGUUUGCAGUGUCUGGUUCAGAUCAUAAAGAAACUGCAGGAAAGGUCCCCGUUGAAAUUCCCCAUUGUGAGGCAGAUUGCCUGCCUGGAUCCCACAAAGAUGGCCAAAGAUCCAGAGUGGUGCAUCGUACAGAUGAAGGCAUUAGUGCAGACAUUCAUCCAGGGGCAGCAGUUGGCAGGUGGCAUUGCAGCUGGUGAUGUCAUCAUUCAACAGUUCUCCUCUUUUCUCUCGGAUGUGGGCAGAGAUGAAGAAUUUGUGUCCUUCCAGCCCCUUAGCCAGCGUCUGGAUGUCUUCCUCCAUUCCAGACUGCGCACUUCCCACCCUGACCUGCUGAAGUUUUGCCAAAGUGCUCUCCUCCUGUCCCAUGGGCAGGCCACAGUUGAAAGAGGCUUCUCGGUCAACAAGGAGGUGGAGACGUGCAACCUCCAUGAAGAGUCUCUUGAAGCCCUCAGGUUAAUCUGUGACAAAGUGGUGGUGUCCUGAAUGUACCUCUGUCCAAGGAGCUCCUGGCCUCUGCUGGUUCAUCAAGAUCACAGUACAGGCUACACCUUGAGAGUGAGCGGAAGAAAAGGGAGAGUGCCACUCAAGAGCUGAAGAGAAAAACAGCAGAGAAAGAGCUGGAGGACCUCCGGAAUCAGCGGCAGGUGCUCCAUAGUGUGUGCCAUUCCCUGGAAAGUGAUGCUGAUAAGUUUGCGGAGAAGGCCGAGGGUAAAGCGGGAACGAAGAUGGCUGAGCUAAUUGCAAAGUCAGAUUCCCUUCGACGAAGCCACAAGGGGAAAAAAGCAGAGCUUCUGACAUUGGAAAAAAUGAUCGAGGAGAAGGCCACACAGCUCAGGCACUUGUGACUAUGCAUUGCUGUCUAACUGUUUUAAUGUUUAUGUUUGCCUGUUGUUCCUGUUGUUAAUUACUUAGGUUUAUUCUCUCUCUCUCUCUCUCUCUCUCUCUCGCGCUCUCUCUCUCGGCCAGUUUUAGUGUCCAGUAUUGAAGUUUAAGUUUAGUUAUUUGUUCCCAAGUUAUUUAUUUUUUAAUGAAAUACUGUUUUUACAGUAUAAAAUUGCAUUUUAUUAUUAAGUUUCUUCCCCUUUAAAUACCCUGAUUUUGCAAUUUGCACAUUAUUUCAAAGUCCAAUGUGUAGCUGUUCAUUCUAAAAGUCCAGUCUGUCUUCUAAUUG